AUGAAGGAAGAAUGUCACGACUUUUUCCAGCAGCAGUACCAAACAUGCGUCAUGAAUAACAAUGCUACUGGCUGUGGUGAAAUGACUGGUAGCGUACCGCAAUCUGCUAGCGUUUCUGAAGUUGGUCUUUUCCGUGACAGUCUUAUCGUUGCUUACUGGAGACAGUACCAAUUAAAUUAUGAAACUCGCUCAAGUCUUUUCGAAGACCUUGCAGACGUGCAUCUGAACCACCUGCCGAACGAUGUUAAGCCAUCGGCAGAAACUGCAUACAACCAGUUUGUAUACGAGUACACAUUAGGUGUAGGAGGUAUGGCGUAUGGAGGUGACUAUGACGUGUUUACUGCCGCACAACUAGGCAAGG